GGCUCUGAGACUCCCCUCGCCGGCCAGUUGUUGUUGGGUUGUUUUGGGGGUGCUUUCUGUCUCUUCUUUAGGGGGUGCGCUUUGGGGCUGUUACACUGAUGUAACUCCCUUCCUUUUCUUUUUGGAAUGAUGGGGAUCUUUUUGGCGUAUGUUGGAUUUGUUUUCUUUUCCGUCCUGUAUGUACAACAAGGGCUUUCUUCUCAAGCAAAAUUUACUGAGUUCCCGAGGAACAUGACGGCAACUGAAGGGCAGAAUGUGGAGAUGUCCUGUGCAUUCCAGAGCGGCUCAGCCUCCGUGUACCUGGAGAUCCAAUGGUGGUUUCUGGGGGGACCUGAGGACCUGGAGCCAGGAACCGAGGCAGCAGGAGCACAGGUGGAGCUCUUACCCGACAGAGACCCGGACAACGAAGGGACCAAGAUCAGUACAGUGAAAGUUCAAGGCAAUGACAUUUCCCACAAGCUUCAGAUUUCCAAAGUGAGGAAAAAGGAUGAAGGUUUAUAUGAAUGCAGGGUGACUGACGCCAAUUACGGGGAGCUACAGGAACACAAGGCCCAGGCCUAUCUGAAAGUCAAUGCCAAUAGCCAUGCUCGGAGGAUGCAGGCCUUUGAAGCCUCACCCAUGUGGCUGCAAGAUAUGAAGCCUCGCAAGAACGUGUCAGCAGCUGUCCCCAGCAGCAUCCACAGCUCUGCCAACCAACGAACGCACUCCACCUCCAGCCCUCAAGGGGUAGCCAAAAUCCCCAAACAAAGUCCACAAUCAGCAAAGAGCAAAUCGCCUGUAAAAUCUACGGAGCGGACAGCAAAGUUGACCCUAAACUCCAAGCACCAUUCUGCACCCCCUGUACUCUAGUUACCUACACAAGGAGCAUCUGCUUCCGGAAGCAUAAAGGAAGAGGCUAUCACACGCUUUGUUGAGCACAUUUUCUUUGGCAAAUCACUGAUAGUUUAUUUCAAGAGAAGUAGUGUGAAGUGUUAGGGACAUUUUUUUUUUAAUAGCAAGAUCUAUUUUUUUUUUCCUUUUGGCAAAUGAAAUCAUCAUCUGACUGAUGGCUCAGGGAUUGGCCUGAAAGUCACUGGCAUAAAUAAAUCUUUACCAUGGAUGCUACAGAUUUCUUACUAAGGAAACCAUUAUCUGGAGGAACCAAAUGGAGCCUAGAGAACAUAAACUAUUGUCAACCCAGAAAUCACCAUCUGAAGGCAAGAACACAAUUAUCAACAUUGCUCGUCAAAAAAGAGAACACAGCUUUACAUAAGGAAUAAUCAAAAUCAAAGAAAUCUCUUCCUACAAAAAGAAAACACAGAAACUCCCUUUUUUCUUGGAUUACUAUUAUUAUUUUCUUCUUUUCUGAGUAUUGUUCUUGUUCGAUGGUGGCAAGUUCUCAUUACAGCCAAUCCCUGUCAAUCCUGGGAGGUUUAUAUCAUUACAUUUUGAGUGUUUGAUAUUUCAAUGUAUUUUAAUUCAUUUUGCAAUUCCUGUAUAUGCAAACCCGACAAAUUCUGUAAAUUGCUUAUAGUAUGUGUGAUAUAACUUUGAGGUAGAUACAUUAUGACCCUCAUGCAAGCUGGUUUUUAUCAUUCAAUAUAUAAAUAUAAACAUAAAAUAUCUGUUAGGCCACCAACUGGCUUCUUUGGAUAAAACAUAUAUUUUUGGUUUGUAACUUGCAUUACAUAAAUUCCAUAGUUCACUGUUCCAUUUCCACAGGUUUGACAGCUGCUGGUGGCCGCUGUUGUCCUCUGCUCCCUUCUGGAAAAAUGCAUAUUCAAAAUUGUAUCUGUCUCUGAUAAAUUAAUUAAUUUUGUCAUGCAUAUGCUCUGUUGGGAUUUGCUAUGUUCAUUUAUGUAUGGUAUUUAUUGAGGUUCCAGACAUUGCUGAAUGCACAGUCUGGUUUUGAAAACUGUUCCUCUGUUGUUCUUAAUCUGUGGCCAUAAGGGAAUGUCACAUCUAGAAAUUCUGCACUGGAGGUGAGUGAGGGAAAAGUUACUGGCUAAAUACAAUAGGAAAAUGGUGACUGUAAAUCUAUAACUAAAGAAGACACAUAUUCAGCUUUCACUAAAUGAAUUAUGACUAAAUGUUCCAUUCUUCUUUUGGACUCUACAUUCAUUUUGACUAUUUUAUUUAGGACAUGUUCUGUAUUCUGGCAAUUAAAGGAAUCUUAAUGUGUUCCACCUACACUAUGGAAUAGACAUGCCUUGAGACAGAAGUGAUAUGUUUUCCUUCCAGAGAGUUUCUUCCAUUUUCUUUCAUUACAAAGCCAGAAGAUCAUUUGUCUUGUGGCAACCAUCCACUCCAAGCCUAAGGUUCUAGACUGAAGCCUGAAGGUAAUGAAUACCUCUGCUUUUCAAAGGUAAAUGCAUUGACUUUCUGCCAUUACACAUAUUUUCAUAAGGUUUUUAGCAUUAUCUUUUGAGAAAUAAU